AUGGCUCCUGUGACUCAGACCGGACCCGAGGACAAGCCUGGACCUGUGGACUCCAACAAGCAGCGGAGGCUCGCGGUGGAGAAGGCUCGAAGGGACCGGAUCAGCUGCAGCAUCGAGCAGCUGCGGACUCUGCUGGACCCGGAGCGGAGCGGCGCCCCCCGCCUGGAGAGGGUCGACGUCCUGGAGCUGGCCGUGGGGCUCCUGAGGCAGAGGGCCGUGGCCCCCCGCGUGGCCCCAGCUACUCCCGCGGCUUCUCGCAGUGUCUGCAGGAGACCCUGCGCCACCUGUCGCUGCACGCGCCGCUGCGGCCCGCGGAGCGGCGAGGAGAUCAAGCGCUUCUACGUGCGGCAGAGAGCGGCGUUGCAGCGGCACGUGUCCGGGGAGCAGCGGCGGAGGACGGCGGCCAGGAAGCGGUCAGGAUCCCGGUCUGCCGCGCGGUGCCACGGCGCCCUGUGGAGGCCGUGGUGA